ACGUGCCGCAGAGAGGCGCGACGUAUCGUCUCUCGAUCGACGAGCUGAAGAGAGGCGUGAGGUCCGCUCUGUUGAACGACGAGCUCUAGAGAGGGGUGACAUUCGAUCUCUCGAACGACGAUCUGAAGAUAAGCGAGACAUUCGAUCAGUAGAGAGGCGGUCUGUUCAACGCGCUGAGGAAGGCCGCAUCGCAGAUAUGCAUUCUCGCCGGUUCAGCGAGAUGUUCCUGUCUGCAAAAAGCACUCUACCCAGCAAGGCGAUGGAGUCCGAGACCGCAGAUGUCGGCGUCCUGGUUAACAUGCACAAGGCCCUGCUGGCUGUCCUGAGCGGGGUCGCAGACAUGACUUCUAAGACCACACCAAUGGCGGAAAUCAUCGACAACGAAUCAAAGAUACCGACACGAAUUUCUGGCUUCGACACCCUCACCUAUCCUGGAAAGAGCCAUAGCUGGAGCAUGUCCACGGUGCUGGGAGGCGCAGCCCUGCUCAUGGCCAUGCGCGGCUCCCGCCUCGGCAGCGCCAAGUGCUAGACGGACGGAACUCUCGUAUCGCUUUUAGAACGCCUCUCUAGCGUCGGCCCUUUAUCUCGCCACCGACUCAAACUAGGUCUACUUAUGUCGUAAAAUAGCUUACGGCAUGUAUCGGAUAUUACGUCUCGUCUCAUAUUUAUAUUUUCACGACAGUGUUAUUUUUGAAAUAGCAAUAAUAGUCCAUUCCUUGUAUAAUAUUGUAUCAUUUUGGGUGAUAUUAGUAUCUAAAUGUGACGGAUAAACUACUCAGGGAAAUAUUGACCCAAUAUCCCGUAUUUAUAUAAGUGGAAGAUACCGGAUAUUGGGGACAGGGAGCGACGCGGUUUUCUAGCUGUGCCAUACAACCACGUCGUACCUCACCAAACAUUGUAAACAUAUUUACAUAGUACCCUUCUCUGUAUAUUUACUGUUUUUUACAAGCGGUACUUAGGAUUUUACGAAGAGGCUGUUCACUUACUCGGAGGGUCUUGACUUCUUUUCCAUUAGGCGGAAAGUUGAGUCGAGAUCAGUUCUCAGUACAGUCUCCUAACUCAUCAGUAACCAGUAAUGUUAAGCGUGGGGCCGGGCCAUGCGGGUUAGCACGCUCUCCACUCGCCGACUCUAGCUGAUUAGGUGAGGCGAACGGGGGGGCUGCCUAGAUCGUCCGGAUCCGUCUCAAGUCUCAGUUCUCACCAAACGCAUUCAUCUAUCGUGUAUCUUAGCUAAAUAAAGAGCAUAGUGCGAGCACAGCA